UAACAAUGAUUGGUUUGUUUGUUUCAUUAACUUCCAUGGGUCUUUUUAAGAAUAUUUAAUCUAUGGCAAAUGAACACUGGCAAGGAGGAAAUGUAUUCCAUCAAUGCUCCAAUCAAUCAAUCCUUACAUUUGACCUUUCCAUUACUGAAAAUCCUUUAAUAUUUUAUAAGACUUCAACACCUCCAAUGCUGGAAACUGUAUUGGUGCAAAUAUAGCCUACUGAAAAGGGUAUAAUAGAUCAAUACCAUAAUUUCCAAGUGGUUGAACAAAGCCAGACUCGAAAAAGUUCAAAAGUUCAUGCCUGGCAAAUGUGCGUGCAAAAUAUAUUCGGAUGAAGCACCAAAAAAGGCUUGAACACUUUUAAUUCUGGUAAAUUCCAUUACUGGCCAGAAGAUGUUUCAUUCAGACUAUUCCAUGUUUUAAUUUUACAGUCACAAAUAAAGAAGCAAAUAUCAAUAUGGUAAAUACCAAGAAAAUCACAAAACAGCAGAAACCGCCCAGAAGGGUCAACACGAAAAGGUGCUAUAGCAACCAAGAGACAACUCAAGAGCCGUGAAUAUCAAGAUACAGUUCCCUUUACAGAUUAUUUUCAACAACCUUAAUUAGCCAUCUCUCAGGACCAAGCGACACAGCAGUCCAGUGCCUCGGACAGCUGCCCUUUGAACUAGAGGAGCCUACUCGGGCAUAUUUCAUUCUCUGCCCAGGCUAUGGCCAUGAGCGACGUUUCUCUUAUUAGACUUGAGAGUAUAUAUUUACCCAUCUACUUAGUUAUUCUGACCUUUUUCGCUUAACAGCCUUUUGCCGAGAGCCCCAGUGGCUUAACAGUCAUGUCGGAAGGACCGUGGAGCAAUUGGGGGGUUAUGGGAUUGGCUUGGGGAGAUAAAUGAACAUGCCACGUGCCACAUGCUGUAUAGGUUUAGCAGCAGAUAGAUUUUAAAGCAAGCCAGAAGACCUUUGGGAAUGAGACUGCCGUAAAGAAUUAUUGCUAUUGCAACAGCUAAAGUAAUUUAUCGGUUCAAGGAAACAUUCUGGAUACAAUUCCUUUAAUAUGCGAUAAGAUAAUUUAAGCAAGAUUAUCAUUUAUCUUUUAGUCGCUGUAGAUUUGAUUGCAAAAGGUAUUGUAUAAUACAGAGCACCAAGCCACUAGUCGCCAGGCGCACCCACUAGGUGGUUGAGUGAGCACUCAAAGGAGAGUGCUUUCACAAACCCUUACAGCAGCGUGGGUAGAGUGGACAGCCAGCUCCUUCUCGCGGAGCAAAAUCUGUCGAAUUUACACCGACCUCUGGCUUUAGCAUGGUGUUUCGUGCAGAUCACAAAGGUGUCUAAUUAGGACCGUGCGAGCAGUUCUACUGGUAAAGUUUUCCGAGUUGUGCCGAAAGCUGGAGAUUGGAGACACGCACGGGAGAGAUGGAGCUUCCAACUAUGUCCGCUUCUGACUUAGCAGACCUCUACUCUGUCAUUCCGUACAAUGUCACACAUGAUGAUUUCUUGGGACUUCUACCCAACAGGAGUGUCGACACACAGACCACAAGAAGUGCUGCGGGUAUCAUUAUUUCCAUAUGUAUAACAGCUCUGUAUUCUGUCAUCUGCGUGGUGGGACUCCUCGGAAACAUACUGGUUAUGUACGGAGUAGUGAGAUAUACCAAGAUGAAGACGGCAACCAACAUCUAUAUCUUUAACCUAGCAUUAGCUGAUGCACUAGCCACCAGCACGCUGCCCUUUCAGAGUGCGAAAUACCUGAUGAACACCUGGCCCUUUGGAGAGCUGCUCUGCAAGCUGGUCAUCGCCAUCGACUACUACAACAUGUUCACCAGCAUCUUCACCCUCACAAUGAUGAGUGUGGACCGGUACAUCGCCGUGUGCCACCCAGUGAAGGCGCUGGACUUCCGCACCCCCGCCAAGGCAAAGAUCAUCAAUGUCUGCAUCUGGAUCCUCUCCUCGGCUGUUGCUGUGCCCAUCAUGAUCAUGGCUGUAACCGUCCCUAUGAGGGACAAAGGCAUAACCAUCUGCACACUGAAGUUCCCCAACCCAGACUGGUACUGGGACACGGUCACCAAGAUCUGCGUGUUCCUCUUUGCGUUCGUGAUUCCUGUUCUGGUCAUCAGCAUCUGCUACGGCCUGAUGAUCCUGCGCCUGAAAAGCGUGCGCCUGCUCUCCGGAUCUAAAGAGAAGGACAGGAACAUGCGGCGCAUCACCCGCAUGGUUCUGGUGAUAGUUGCGGCCUUCAUCGUCUGCUGGACACCCAUCCACAUCUUCAUCAUCGUCAAGACCCUGGAGGUGGACACCAGCAACCCGCUGGUGGUGGCCAGCUGGCACCUGUGCAUCGCGUUGGGCUACACCAACAGCAGCCUCAACCCCGUGCUCUACGCCUUCCUGGACGAGAACUUCAAGAGGUGCUUCCGCGACUUCUGCCUGCCGUUCCGCUCACGCAUGGAGCAGAGCAGCUUCUCACGGGCACGCAAUGCCACCCGCGAGCCCGUGUCUGUGUGCGCCGCCUCGGAGUCCGUGAAGAGGCCGGCAUGACUAGGCGUGGAGCGAGAGCCCCCAGGUGUGGGCCCGCAGAGUAUGACUCAGGACCUACAGACAGAGGUCACUCAGAUCUCCACCACAGAGUUCUGACACGUUCCACCUAGUGGCAAAGGCCCUAAAGGACUACCACUGAGAUUUCUGCAGAGUGCCCUUUCUCUCUCUUUCUCUUUUCCUCUCUCUGUAUCUGUAUCUGUCUCUUUUUCUCUCCCUCUCACCACCUCUCCUUAUUUCUAUAUCUCUCUCUCUCUCUCUUUGUGGUACAGGGAAAAUGGAAGAGAAAAUUAAAUCACAGCUUAAGAGUAGUUUCUGAGAACUCAACAUGACAUCUUACAAUAUCCAGAGGUCAUAACUGAAUAAUGGGGUAUGUCAUUAUCCUCACAACAGAAUCCAAUACACCCUGUGAUUUGUCAUAGAUCUUCUAAAAUAUAAAUGUUGACACUGGACAAAAAUGAAAAAGAGGAAGGGGAAAAAAGCGGGCAUGGGCAAGUGCAGUGGGCUUGAGCACUCGGAGUAUACUGGAUGUGACAGUCUGGCUGCUCUGUCUAUUUCACUGCACAUCUGAGUCGCUUGGAUGUUUGUGGGCUGCUUCCAACCCCAGUGGCAAGUGGUGUCACUUUGUAGCCUGCACUCCCAUGUGGGUACGAUUCCUUGCAGAACUAAAAAAAAAAGAAAGCCCAAGCAGUCAGCGAUGCAUGCAGACAAGAGGAAGAUGAGAGAUAGACCAAACCUCAUGGUCACACUGGGAGGGUAAUGGCAAGGGAGGAACAGACUCAAUGACUCAUCACAACAUCAGACAAGGGACUAGGAAGAGGCAAAGCUGUCUGCUUAGAUUUUGGAACUCUCCUUAUGAUGGCAUUGGGCCCAGAAACGAUGAUGUAAAAAGACAUUCACAGAUCAUAAGCCUUACUACUGACCGCUUCAUCAUGACUGUAAUCAGAUUUGACAGUGUACAUUCAAAGACCACAGAAAAAGAUGAGGGAGAAGAGAAAAGAUUUGGUCCCAUGAAAGUACAACGAACAGAGAACAGGAAGUGAUCUCACAUUUCUCACAAUUUAAACAAAAUUAAAUAUAUUGCUUUGUUGCAGGGAGAGUCAUGUAGAAUUUCAUUCUGCGUGUAUUUUGUCAAUGGCAUGUGUUAUAUUGAAAAGCAGUUUUGUGUUGAAGAAGUGAUGCUUUGGAUAUUUUAGUGGUUAAGGGUGAACACUGGCAGAGGACGUCUAAUGUACAUACAGUCUCUUCCAGAAGCACUGAUAAAGCACCAACAUCUAGUAACUAUUUCAAAACAAGCUUCUGCUAGAUGUUGCAUUCAGUAUGGCCUUCAGAGUAAAACAAUGAGAACUCAAAGACCUGUUUUAAGAUGUGAUCUUGGCCUAUCGAACUGCAACAAGGGGGCCAGUGAGACAUUGACGAGGGCGGUAUCUACCUCUAGCAGUGAGUCCAUUGUUCCUUUCUGCCUUAAAUGGAUAGCUUUUUAAAAAAAUGUCUGGGAUAUUUAUUGCUGUUCAUAGCUGUCAGAUAAGUCGCUUUCAUGGCCUUUGUGACAAAUGUAUUUAUACUGCCCUAAAGGGACAUUUUGUAAUGCUGGUUGUUGCAGAGACCUCCUCGCAUCCAUUUUAAAGUGUAAUACUUGGUCAUUUUUGUGGUCAUGGGACAAAUAUGGGAUCUACUUUUGGAGUUCUAUACGUUUUUGCACAAGUGCGUAAUGUGGUCAAAAUACAGUGGGUAUGCUGACACCUACUCAUAUGUUUAAGUUAGUGAGAAAUGUGUUAUGUGGUUUAUAAAAUGUGUGUAAAUGUGACUUCAAAACUGAACAGUUGUAGUUAUCUUUUGUUUAUCAUCUGAGUGAAGUGUUUGCUACGAUGCUACUGAAUAAUAUUAAGGGGGUGAAAUAAGCAUGCUUAUAAGCAUUGCAUGCUUUUGGUAGAACAGUUGUUAAAUGGGUAUUUAAUUUUAGAAUAACAUCAAAUUCAAAAGGUAAAUUCUGCUCAAAAUGGAUAUAAAAAGCCUUGUUCAACAGCUGUAUACUAUUAUACACAUUAAAUGUAUUGGUUUUAAA